AUGGGAUCCCCUGCUACCUGGCCCAUCCAUGUCAUGACUUGGAAACUAGUACUGGCUCUGAGCUGGGCCUUCCAUGGACAUCAAAGAAUCUGGACAAAAGCAGAAGAGUCCUCAAGCCUCCUCUCUGUGCAGUGCUGGGCUGUGAGGUAUCCUGAGGCCAUAGACUGUUCCUGGACCACAGAGAGAGAGACAGAGAUGAAUCCUGAGCUGGACCUUCAAGCCUCCUUUAUUGCUACCUACAGGUUAGGUAUGAUCACCCAAGGAGAGACUCAUCCCUGCCUCCAGCCCUCCCCUGAGGCCAGGAGCUGUGUCAUCCCCAACAUCCAGAUGUUCUCCAUGAUCCCCUACAUACUCAACAUCACAGUCAUCACUACUCAGGGAGCCAGAAGUAGCCUGGUUCCCUUCAUCGCAGAGCAUAUAAUUAAACCUGACCCACCAGAAGCUAUGAGUGUGAGUCCUACCCCAGGCAAGCAACUCCAAGUGAAGUGGGACCCCCCCCAUUCCUGGCCCCUCCCCAAGUAUUUUCCUCUUACGUACCUGAUCCGAUACCAGCGACGAGGGGCCACCAGAUUCCAGCAGGUAGGACCAAUUGAGGAAACAUCCUUCAUCCUGCAAGGCCUACGCCCCAAGACCCAAUAUCAAGUACAAGUUGCAGCCAGAGACUUUCUGGACUAUGGGGAACUAAGUACUUGGAGCACUGUAGUGGCUACCACCUCUGGUAGCAAGUAA